AAACACUUGUCGCCAUAGGCUUUGCUUGAUUAAAUGUAAGCAAUGUUUGUGUUGCUUCUGGUUAUCGCUGGUUUCCAUAUUUAUCCUGCCGUAGUGGCAAUGAGCGAUGAAAUGAAAGAACUGGCCCAAAUGCUGCAUAAUACAUGUGUAGCAGAGACGGGUGUUUCUGAAGCUCUUAUCGACAAAGUAAACAACGAAAAAGUGUUCGAAGAUGACGAAAACCUGAAAUGUUACAUUAAAUGUCUCAUGGCUCAAAUGGCUUGCAUAGAUGACGACGGGAUUAUAGAUGAAGAAGCCACCAUCGCUGUACUACCAGAGGAAGUACAAGACAUUGCUGCUCCAGUUAUUCGUACAUGUGGAACUAAAAGAGGUAAAAGUCCAUGCGAAAACGCCUGGUUAAGCCAUAAAUGCUAUGCAGAAAUGAGACCCGAUGUCUAUAUGCUGGUUUAAUUGACAGAUUUAAGGGAAUACAUUAUCACAGAAGGGAUGUUCAUGAACACUGCAGCUAAUAGAAGGAUGCUCGCUUUUAUUGCACUUUAUAUUUUAAUAAAUUAUAAACGUAAAGGAACAAACUCGUUAUAUUUUCAUGCUUUGAGUAAUUAAUGUUUUGGCAAUAAAAACCCAUGCAUUA